CGUGGACGCAGCUUGCGCGUAGUUAAGCUCAUUGUCGAACCGAUGAUUAUGAUAAUGCAUGAUAGCAUGGAGGAACGAGGAACUAGAUAAGUAAACAAAACGAAGUUUCUUAGCUUGUGAAGUUAACUUUCUGCUAGCAAUAAUAAUGAAGAUGGAACUGCAACUUCUCCAGGCGGGAGGAUUCACGGUUCGACCCACCUGGCACAAAGACUGCGGAGAUGGAGUCGCUCGCCGGCCAGAGAAGCUGUGACGUUCCGACUGCUUCCAAUAAGUAUUGACUCCGACGUCUCAGAUAUCUCUCCGUCUCUGAGAUAUACAAAAACAGUCAUCGCGCUCAUGGAGCAGUUGUCACAUCCAGACUCUUCUUCGUGAUGUCAUCGGCAUCGUCUUUCUGACGAUCCCCGCAACCCCUCAAUUACACUGACAGGCAAAUCCGUGCCUGAUACCUCCGAGCAUAUCGUUCAAUCUGGCCGGGGCUACGAACUCUUCCAUGGAUUCGGCGCACGGUGAAGAUGAGCCCGGACAGAGUCCAUCACAGAUGGAUAAUCCAGAGGUAUCUACAAUAGCAGGAGUACAGACUGAACAGCAGAAUACAGACAGCACAGCCACUGGUACAUUGAGCCCCGAUAAGGCUUCAUUAACAGAACGCAAGGAUAAACAAGAUUCAACUCAUGAAUCGAGAUUUCUGAGUCUGCCGCCAGAGAUCAUAGAUCAAAUUCUCUCUUAUGUUUCCGCCAGGGAUCUCGCAUGUGCCUCGACUACCUGUCGUACACUCGCGAACCAUGGUUAUAAUGAGUUAUUAUGGGCAGAUAUUGUCAAUGCAAAUCUGCCGUCCAAGAUCGACACUCCAGGCCCCUUUCCGUCCUUCCGAAGUCUAUAUGUCGCACAUCAUCCUUACUGGUUUUUGCCGCGAAAUAAGAUCUGGUUUUCCGAUUCUGCGCAUACGGGGAACCUGAUCCUCACACGGUACGAUAACCGGAGGGGGGUAAUUGAAGGCUAUCGAGUAGUAGCAGAGAAACGAUCAAUGCAAUUUCAGGUGUGGGAAUACGAUCCUGAAGUUGUCAUCCAGUCGUUCAGACCCCGGGUACGGUUAUGGCUUGACGACCCGGUCAUUCUACUCAAGAACACCACAUGUGCUCCUCUAAGCCGGAGGCAGUAUCUCCACGGGGAAAUUCGCAUGCCAAUGCCUCUUGAGUCGCAGCAUGUUUACAAUUCUCUUUCAUUAUGUACUGGCGAAAUACCUCCGGAUGAGAGAGCCAGCCCCGACAAGCAGUGGCCGCCUCUGACCAUCCCCUGCAAAAACCGUGUGUACCGGAAUGGGGCUGCUCACUGGUCAGAAUGGGACAGUCGGCCACAAAAUAUAAGGCAGGUAUCAGAAUCUGCCUUCCGCGUGAGACGCUGGGCGCAUUUCCGCAUGGGCCUCCCUAUAUUCGCGGCAGGAAGCAGUGAGACGAUGUCGACAUACGCAACGCUGGAGCCGGAGCUCUACACUCCCACAAGAGAGAAACCAUAUCAGGGAAUAUGGGUCGGGGACUACUCAGACCACGGAUGCGAGUUCCUUCUCUUUCUUCAGCGAGACAAAGUAGCCGGAUCAGCCUCGAGUGCCCUCGAACAAGCCGAAGACGGGAGCCGUAUUAGUUUGCCCGAGAAUGAAGCGGCCGAACAGGACGAACUUCAAGGAGGUGGUCUUAUCCAGAGAGGUACUCUAGAAGCGAUUAAGCUGACUGGAGAUCCAAACGUCCCACGGGGUGAGAUCUCGUGGAUCUCAGAAGACAUUGGGCCUGGUGGCCUAGUGCGGAUAGCAGAAGAGGAUCCGUUUCGAGGUGCCAGAAUGGUGAGGAGUCGAGGCCAUGUCGCGCACCUUGGCUUCAGAGAUGACAAAUUCCUCUCCAGUCAGCUCAUUCUCAUCUCUCGAGACUGUGUAGCACAUUACUGGGAGGAUCUAGACCAUAUAUCUUACUUCUACCGCGUCGAUAUUGACGAGUUACUCCGCACAUGAUUGAGGUGAAGGAAUAGCUUUCCAAUUGAAAAGUCCGGUUUCCUUUGCUUCCGAUGUCCUGGAACUUUUGGUUGCACCUGCUUCUCAGACCAAUCGCUGUACAGGUUGGCCAGUUAUGGUUUCGAAUGUCUCCCGAGUCACAGUUAGGAUCUCCCAUAGAUCUGCAUUCGAUGCUCUUUUUCGC